AUGUCGACACGAUCUAUUCCCAUCGCCAUCGUAGGCAUGAGCUGCCGUUUCCCAGGGGGAGUUGACUCCCCCGAAAGGCUGUGGGAGCUUUGCGCCGCCGCCCGCAACACUUGGUCAAGCUGGCCCGAGCGACUGAAUGAGGACGCCUUCUUCCAUCCUCGUGCCGAACGCAGCGGUACUAUUCACAGCCGAGGCGGCCAUUUUCUCAAAGAAGACGUGUCCCUUUUCGAUGCUCCAUUUUUCAACUUGCCUGUUGAGUUAGCCAAGGCGACGGAUCCCCAGCUACGCUUGCUCUUAGAGACCGCCUUUGAAGCGCUCGAAUCAGCCGGCCUGCGUCUAAAUGACAUUGCGGGAUCCUCGACGGCCGUCUUUGCGGGCACGGCCUUCCGAGACUAUCACGACAUGCUCAUGAAGGAUGCCGAGAACCAGCCGCGAUAUAUGCUGCCGGGGAACGACCCGACCAUGAUCGCCAAUAGAAUAUCGCACUUCUUUGACCUCCACGGGCCCAGCGUGACUGUCAACACAGCAUGCUCCACGUCGACGUCUGCCUUACAUCUGGCCUGCCAAAGUCUCCGGUCCGGAGAGAGUCAUAUGGCCGUUGUCGGAGGCGCCAAUCUUCUCUUGCAUCCGAGCACGUCUGUCGGAUUGUCUACGUUAGGCCUAACCGGUGCCGCAGGCAAGUCAUAUAGCUUUGAUGACCGCGCUGAAGGCUACGGGCGUGGAGAAGGCGUGAGCUGCAUUAUCCUCAAGCCACUCGACGCCGCCCUGGGCGACCGAGAUCCCAUCCGGGCCGUCAUACGAGAAACCGGCAUGAACCAGGAUGGACGAACUCCCACAAUCACUUCGCCUUCCCAAGACGCCCAGGAACAGCUAAUACGUGCCUGCUAUGACAAGGCUGGGCUAGAUCCUCGAGACACCCCGUACGUGGAGGCCCACGGCACUGGGACAAUCGCCGGGGACAGGAUCGAGAUGAAUGCUCUUGGAAAUACUUUUGGCAGGGAUCGACCCGACAACGACCCUCUACUCGUCGGCUCCGUCAAAGGAAACUUUGGACACAUGGAAGCGACCAGCGGCCUGGCCGCCGUGAUCAAGGUGGUCAAAAUGCUAGAGAUGGGCCUUGUCCCUCCCCAAGCCCUAUUUAAGGCCCCGAACAGAGGCAUAGAUUUUUCGAGACUGAAGAUCAAGGUUCUCCGCGAGCUGGCACCAUGGCCGCAAAACAAGCCUCGUCGAGCUUCACUCAACAAUUUCGGGGCCGGGGGCACGAAUACCCACGUAGUACUGGAAGGGCUCGACUGCUAUGGUCUUCAUGCCGAUGGACCUCUUUUGUUCGUUAUGAGCGCUAAAGAAGAGCAGAGCCUGCGGUUAUAUAUGCAGAAUCUGGCAAAUAUCCCCUUGUCCCUGGUGCGAGAGCGCCAUCUUCGAGACGUGGCAUUCACCCUUGGCCAACGCCGGUCUCAUUUCUGCUGGCGAGUGGCAACGCCAGCCAGGUCUCCGGAGGAGUUGACCGACCUUGCCAGCAGCCUGGGUCUCUCGCCAAAGUACUCGUCCAAAAAGCCACGGCUUUGCUUCGUCUUCACGGGACAGGGGGCGCAGUGGUAUGCCAUGGGUCGCGAGUUGAUUGCUGCGUACCCUGCUUUUUCCGAAGCCCUCGAGAUGGCUGAUGACCACGUCAAGUCGCUUGGUGCGACGUGGAGUGUUCUUGAGGAGAUUACCGCCAGCGAAACUGGAAGCAGGGUAAACCAGCCCUUUCUCAGCUUCCCACUCACCGUCAUCCUGCAGCUGGCCCUGGUGCGGCUCCUCGACUCAUGGACCGUCUCCCCAGCGGCUGUAACCGGACACUCAAGUGGAGAGAUUGCCGCAGCUUAUGCCGCGGGAGCCCUCACUUUUGAGGAAGCCAUUUCCGUGGCAUACUUCCGCGGCCAGCUUACGUCCGAGGCUGUGGACUGCGGCACGAUUACCGGUGGCAUGACAUCAAUCGCCGUAGGCGAAGCGGAAGCACUCGAGUAUAUUCGCAAGAUACCGCUGGGCGAUGCCGUGGUUGCGUGCCAAAAUAGCCCGUCAAACGUCACUAUUUCCGGAGACUUGGUGUCCUUGGGUGAAAUCGAGGCUCUGGCGGCCUCUGAUCAGGUGUUUGCUCGCCGCUUAAAGAUUCCGGCUGCCUAUCAUUCCCCUCAGAUGCAGGCCCUGGCGAGAGACUACCAGGAAAAGCUAGAUUCAAGCCUGGGAAGCGAGGAGUCGGCCAACGGUGAACGGGGCAUCGUUUAUGCUUCUCCCGUCACUGGAGAUAUCGUUCAUGAGAUGCAAAGGUUGCGUUCGCCAAACCAUUGGGUCCAGAACAUGACCCAGCCCAAACCCCCCCUCGCUGUUGACAUGCUCAUUGAGAUCGGGCCUCACGGUACCCUGCAAGGACCGAUGCGGCAGGUGCUUGAGCACCAUGGCCUAGACAGAGACGGCAUGGCCAUGUCUUCAUGCUUACAACGUGGGAAAGAUGCCGUCCUCACUAUGCAACAACUAGCCGGCAAGUUAUUCUGCCACGGCUAUCCCGUCGAUCUCGCCCAGGUCAACUUCCCUCGUGGCACGUCAGACGUACGGGUUGUUCAUGACUUGCCGCGAUACCAAUGGGACCAUUCCGUCGGCUACUGGGCGCAGCCGCUCAGCUCCAAGGAAGACUUUCAACGACGCUUUCCCCGCCACGACUUGUUGGGGCUGCGGGUCGAAGAUCUCCCCUGGCUGCAGCAUCAUGCCCUCCAGUCAUCCAUCUUGUUUCCGAUAUCUGGCCUGACAGUCAUGUUGACCGAAGCCAUGCAUCAGUUGGCGUAUCCAGAAACGGGUGGGGACUUGAUCAUUCGAGACAUCAAUCUAUUCAAUGGCGUGGUUGUCCCAAAGGACGACGACGGGGUCGAGGUGCAACUGGUGCUCCGAGAUGCCAACCCGCGACUACUCGAUUGCACGGGCAAUAAAGACUUUUCGAUCUUUUCAAGAACCAAGGACAGAGGCUGGCUUGAAUGUUGGAGAAGCCAAGAACUCACCUCGGUCGACGUUGCAGACUUUUACGAGUACUUUCAAACCGUGGGCCCGACCCUGGGCAGAACGUUUCGAAACAUCACCUCCAUGGCCGUUGGCGAAAAGGUGGCGGUUGCGAUUCUAGCCGUGCCCGACAUCGCCGCUAUGAUGCCAACCCCGUAUCGAUGUGACUAUCUCUUCUACCUUGGGAUAAUUGACUCUUGCUUCCAGGUCUCCUGGGGCAGUAUGCCCAAACCCAUCAUGAUGGAGCUCGGCCUCUCCAUCCCUAAGACGGCAGGAAGAAUCAUCAUCCGCGAUGCCAAGCGCCAACUGAGCGCGGGCAUGCAGCUUCGGGUGACCGCGACCCUCGACAACAUUGAUGACCAAGGAUUUGAAGUGUCCUUGGUACUGUUCGAGAACGAGGAACAAACAGGGACUCCAAUUGUCGAGAUUCAAGGUUUCAAGAUUCAGUCGCUCUCGCGAAGGCGGAGAAUAGCACAGAUUGCCGAUGACUCCAUGUUCUUGGCAACUACCUGGAGGCCGGAUGUGACCCUUCUCAACGCAUCUGAUUUGAAGAACAUGAUUUCUAAGGGCUCCUCAUAUUCACAAGGGAAGCUUGGCAUCACGAGUUCGAAACAGGCCAUCCUCAAGGUUAUUCACGACGCUUUGGCGCACUUGACCCCAGACGAAGAGCAAGGCCUCGAUCUGCAGACCCGGCUGAUAGUGGCGUGGAUGCGCGACGUGGACCAAGCUCAAUACGCAGGCGUGGCCACGUGUGAGGAAAAGCAAGAGUCCAAGCCUGCCGAAGACUCAGCCUCGAGUCAUGUAAAGGGCCAACUCGUUCAGAUCCUGCCAGAGCACCUGAUCGAGUUCAUCGGCAGCGAGGGACAUGCGCAUGAGAUCAUAUCUCAAAGCGGGCUUCUGGAACAGGUUCAUGCUUUUCUGGAAAGCUGGUCAAGUGGCCUCGGCAAGUUGAAGGACUACACGGGUCUUUUUGCCCAUAAGCACCCGCGAGUUCGUGUACUCGAGGUCGGCGCUGGUGCUGGCAACGCAACUGUGUCGGCGCUUGAGGGGCUCACCUCGUGCAGGAUACAGCUGAGCUACGAAUUCACCGAUAUCAGCACCAGCUUUUUUGAUGGCGCAAAACAGAGACUCGGGCGGUUCGCGGAUCAAGUGCAGUACAAGACGUUUGAUGUCGAGCGCGACCCAGCCGAACAGGGCAUUCUAGUUGCCGGCUACGACUUGGUCAUUGCUUGUAAUGUGCUGAGUGAGGUCAAGGACAUUACAAGAGCUCUGAGAAGUAUCCGAAAGAUACUGGUGCCCGGCGGAAAGGUGUUUAUUCUGGAACAGCUUGCUAAACCCCUUCACCGGCGCAUCAGGAACAUACUCAAGCAAGGGCCGAACCUCUGUAGCGGCCUGCACGAGCUUACUGGAACCGAAGUUGUCGAAGAGUCUCUUGGAGAUGCGUGGCUGGCUGGAAGGCCGUGUAUCAUACUUGCCGACACCAACCCGGACUUCCUGGCUCGCGUCAACUCGAAAACCUGGAGCCUGCUUCAGAGAACAGCUCAACACGCCGAGAGCCUUUUAUGGGUAUCGAGAGGGGCCACCUGUGAUAGUCGCCUGCCGGACGCUGCUCUCCACAUUGGCCUGCUUCGAACCCUCAGGGUAGAGGAAGGGGCAAAGCGAUUUGUGUCUUUGGAUUUGGAUCCCGACGUGGCGUCAUGGGAUGGCUCGACUAUCAAGGCCAUUUGCGACGUUUUCCGCCUGUCCAGGAGAUGGACUUCCUCGGGGCCCAACGACUUUGAGUUUGCGCAGCGCGAGGGGAGAAUACUGGUCCCAAGGAUCCCGUUUUCCCUGCAAGGGCCGUAUCUGCGAAUGGAGCAGCAGUCGCACGGGCUGCUCGACAGCCUCGUGUUCAAGCAAGACAACGCCUUGCUGGAUUCGAAUCCCUGGACGGACGACUCGGUUGAGAUUGUGCCACACACCUUUGGGCUCAACUUCCGUGACGUCUUGGCCGCCGUCGGCCAGCUGAAGCAGAGGUGGAUGGGCUUUGAGUGCGCGGGAUACGUCUGCAGGGUCGGGACUGCGGCCCAGAGCGAGUUUCACGUCGGUCAACGAGUUUGUGCCCUGAUGCCCGCCGGACACUGGGCAAACAGAGUACGAGUUCCGUGUACGACGGUGGCCGCCGUCCCCAAGGACAUGUCGUUGGAGAAGGCGGCCUCCAUCCCCAUGAUUUUCGCCACUGCCUUUCACGCCCUGGUCAAUCUCGCCCGCCUUCAACCAAACGAGACGGUCUUGAUCCACUCGGCUGCGGGAGGAGUAGGCCAAGCCGCUGUUACAAUCAGUCGACACCUGGGCGCUCAAGUCUACGCAACGGUCGGGUCCGAGAAGAAACGCAAGUUCCUCAUCGAGACCUUUUCCAUACCUGCGGAGGACAUAUUUUCCAGCCGAGAUCCGUCGUUCGCGGAGGAGAUCAUGCGACAAACUCGAGGCAAAGGCGUCAACGUCGUCUUGAACUCAUUGACGGGGCCCUUGCUGCACGCCGGUUGGAGCUGCUUGUCGCCCUUUGGGCGGUUCAUUGAGCUCGGCAAGGAAGACGCACAGCACAACAGCUGCCUAGCCAUGAGCCGGUUUGACGAGUGCGCGUCGUUUGUCGCCAUGGAUCUCGUGCAGCUGGCCCUGCAUGACGGCAAGACGUUUUCGAGCAUUCUCCGGAAAGUGAUGGACAUGUUUGAGGAGAAGAGAAUAGAGCAUAAAAUCCCUGUCGCAACUUAUGGGAUUGGGGAGUGCCAAAAGGCGUUUCGUCGUCUGCAGACUGGCGAACACAUUGGCAAGAUUGUCAUUCAAGCCCGAGAGGGAGAUGACAUUACGGUGCUCGCAGCUCACUCGAUGGUGCGGUUCCUGCCGGAGGCUUCCUAUCUCAUUGUGGGAGGCUUAAACGGCAUUGGCUUGGAAAUUGCUCGCUGGAUGGCGCGCCAGGGGGCCAAGAACAUGAUUCUCAUGUCUCGGAGCCCCCAAAGGUACCCAGUUCACGACAUCCUGCAAGAGUUCCAUGAUGCCGGCGUCCGAGUCCUGAUCCGGAGCUGCGAUGUCGUCAACAAAGCGUGUCUGGAGGACGUCGUGCGCGAGUGCCACAGCCAGGUACCCAUUCGUGGCAUCAUACAAGCCGCCGCAGUGUUAGACAACGCAAGCUUCUCCCAGAUGACGAGCGAACAGUGGCAUGCCGUGGUCCGUCCGAAAUGCGAGGGCUCAAAGAAUCUAGACGAGGCGGUACGAGAUAUCAAGCUGGACUUCUUCAUCCUCCUCUCCUCCGUCACGGGCAUUAUAGGCAACUUUGGCCAGGCCAACUACACGGCGGCGGGGACUUUCCAGGAUGCCCUUGCGCUCAACCGCGUGGCCAGGGGCCAGCCCGCCGUGUCGAUUGACCUGGGAGCCGUUCCGACGCUGGGCCUUGCGGCACGAUCCGGGAUAGGCAAGCGGCUCGAAAAGGCCGGCUACCGCUCCUUGAGCGAGUCGGAGCUGCUGCGCACCGUCGAGCUGGCCAUCCUCCACCCAUACCACGGGCAGAUGGUGACUGGCAUCCGCCCCUGGACGAGCUUUGGGGACUUGAACUGGCGCCUGGAGCCUCGGUUCGCGUGCCAGUGGCGGCAUGGUGGCGAAGCUGCUGGGGAGCAAAGCCAUGGCAAGGCAGACGGGGACUUGCUGAGGACGAGCCUUAAGGACUGCCCUGCAAAGGCGAGAGUCGAGAUGCUGAUCAAGGUCCUAAAAGGUCGAAUCAGCCAGAUGCUCGGUGUUUCUGCCACGCAAAUCGACCAGGAGAAGCCGCCGUCGGCCUACGGGGUGGACUCCCUGGUGGCGGUCGAGUUGCGGUCCUGGCUGGGGCUCAACGUGGCCUCCAAAGUCAGCGUUUUCGACAUCACCCAGAGUGCCUCGCUUCGCAUGUUGGCCGAGAAACUCAACGAGAGGCUUGUAUAG